AUGCUUUCCUAUUUUGACUCGUCUGGUCAAGCCUUUAGUUAUGCUGUGGUAAUCGCACAAGGCAGAGCACAUGAUAGAGGCCAUACUUCGUCUGUAUAUUGCCUAGAAAUCAAUGGUUUUGGCGUUGAGGAACAAAUUCAUGGGAAUCCAUUUAGACUUCUCGACUGCAAUCGUUUUCUUUGGGAUAACGAAGACCUUAGAACGAAGGAAAUUAACAUUGGAUCGAUCGUUUUUGUGGACAGGUUCGGCAGUUUUCUCGGUUCAACUGGAUCGAAAAUGGUAAUAAGCUAAAAGUUUAAGUAAAAAGUAAAUAGAGCACAACAGCAUAACUUAUUACGUGAAGAUCGAUGCCAGCCAUUUUGAAUAGAAUGCCUUGUUUAUAUGAAUAUGCUUGCAACUUUUUUGAAACACAGGUUGUUUAAACUUAAGUUUAAAUAUAAGGAGAGGUUCAUGCCAUCAGCUAAGUUAACCCGUGUGAGUUUGCCUCCAUAAAGGCAGGUUCUACAGUGUAAUGAAAGUAAUUCAUUUUAGCAUGCAUCAUUCCUUAAAUACCUUGCGAACACUGUCUCCUUCGAUCUAGAUAAGUUUAUCUGGGAAAGAUAUCAUUGCGAUUACGUCGACUCUACCAGCAGGGUAGCAUGCAUUGUGCGUAUUUAUAAAACUGUAUUUAUAAAACUGGUUUGUUGUGAUGUGUUAUCCUUUGCUUUGGUUUCACACAGGGAAAGGACCAAGUUCUGUCACAGCUGGGGAGUAAUCAAGCAGUACUAUUCCGUGGAAUUGCGGACGCUUUCCCUAAUGCAGUGAUACCAUCUCAAGGCAAAGGAAUUUAUCAGAAGAUAACUAAGCCGUAUCCUUCCUUUGCUCUCAUUGGUGUGCGGAGUGGUUACACCAGAGAUGACAGAAUUGUAGUGACAACACUCCUAGGAGAAGAAGUUGAUUUAAACAAUCGCAGUCGGGCACACAAACCCAGUGGUAUUGAAACUGUUCCAUUACCAGUGCAUCAUCGAUCGUCAAUAGAUGAUGUUAGCAAUGUUAUGUUGGUUGCAUUUGGCAGCAAAACAGCUCAAGGAAGUUACCAAGCAGUCUGCGAAGACAUACUUAUUUGGUCAAAUUCUGGUCAGACAGAAGAAGCUCAAUUUAGUAAGCAUGUGAACAUGUAGUCCUCCUAUGUCAUUAGGAGAACAGGGUUGGUGGUUGGGUCAGAGCAACAAAUGAGGGAUUUGAGAAAUGAUGUGAUCAACAUGUCACGAGCAUGGGACAAAUAAAAAAUCUGAGUCUCUGACAGGAUUUGAACCUAUGACAUUCCGUACACCAGUUGGAUGCUCUAACCACCGAGCUACGAGGUCAUAGUUUCAAAUCAUGACGGGGACUCGGAUUUCUUCUUUGUCCCAUGCUCCUGACAUUUCGAACACAUCAUUUCUCAUUUCUUCACCGAGCUUAAAUUUGUCAUCUUUCUUUAUAUAUCACAAAUGAUGGGGUUUGAAAAAUCUGUAGUGCUGCUUCGAAAAUUAUGGAGAUUUAAACAAAAAUAUUUGAGUUUAUCAAUUGAGUUGAUUAAACUCAAUAUAUGCACUAUAGCCCUUUGUCAAAAUAAAACUAUGAAUAAUUUGAGUUUAAUUAGUGCAACAAACAGAUCACUUAUGUUUUGACAGUCAUAUCCCAGUAGUUUGGUAAGAAUGCAUAACCGUUCUGAUGUUUCUAAUGAGAUAAGUUUAAUUUGCACUGUACUAAACAUACUGUACUGAAGUCCUGAAAAUGAAGUUAUACUGCAAAUUGAAAUAUCAGCCAUGAUACCAAAACUCAACCCCCCCCUCCUCCUCUCCACUCCCCGCUGGCUCAAACUUUUUUUAUUCUCCCCUCAGAGUUUGGGUUACUGGGAUAAUCUACUGUAAUUAAAUUUCCCUUUCUUUUUUGCUAAGGGUUUGAGUGAUGUCAUAACCCACAACUUAAGGCCCCUUAGAGUUCACCUCCUUACUCUAGAACUCAACUUAUUAUUAUUAUUAUUAUUAUUAUUAUUAUUAUUAUUAUUAUUAUUAUUGUUUCCUAAUUCAUUCCAAGUGCCUAAAUGUUGUAGAAUUAACAGUUGGUUUUGAGUCUAACCUUAAUAACAAUGCAGUGUGUAAAAAAGAAAAAUAUGUGAACUUGAUCAAAGAAAUGGGCUAGAAUUUACAGAUAAUUAUGUGAAAUUUGUAAACCUCUCCAUGAGCUCUCUUGGCAUUCUCUCUGAUGACUGCUUCUUGCUUUUAGACAUGAUGAAUGACAUUGGCAUUGACUAGAAGCAGCAGCAUUAUAUCAUCAAAAAAAUGAUAAAUAUAGCCAUUAGAGCAACAUAUUUCAUCUUUUGUUGCAGAAAUAGGAAUGGGAAUAGCCCAGACUUAAUGAAAUUUUGAUUUUUUUGGAAUAAUUCAAUCUCAAGCAGCCAAUUGUAAAUUGCCUAUAUGUAGCGAGAUUUACAAUUGUACAUUCAAAAAGAUAAAUAAGGUUGCCAUUAUAAUUAUUAUUAUUAUUAUUAUUAUUAUUAUUAUUAUUAUUAUUAUUAUUAUUAAGGCGUAGGCUUCUACGGUUACUUAUCAAUAAUCUUUUUUUUCCUUUGCAGUCCUGAACCCAGUAAAACAUGCUGGUGCUGAAAACUUCAGAAAGUUAAGCCUGAAUCUACAGCCAUCUGAUGAACCGCACAGUCUUUUCAUAACUCCAACGGACUCGAGUAAGCUCCCGGCACACAUCCAUCCAGAUUCAGUGGACGUUUACCCCAUGAUGUCAAAUCCAAGAGGCAUUGCAUUGAUCAUAAACAAUGAAGUUUUCUCUCCUAGUGCUGACUUGAAAGAUCGUCAAGGGUCUGAGAAAGAUGUGGAAGCACUUGAGAGAAUGUUUAAAGCACUUUAUUUUGAAGUCAAUAUUGAGAGAAAUUUAGGAAGGGAGAAAAUUUUACAGGUUUUGGAUAAGGUAGCCAAAGGUGACCAUACUGCAUACGACUGUUUUGUUUUGUGCCUUAUGAGUCAUGGUCAAGAGGGGUUAUUCUAUGGUUCAGAUGGGCAAGCAGUCCUCUUUGAUACUGUUUGUGAUCUUUUCAGCAAUUCAAAUUGCAGAACCCUGAGAGGAAAGCCUAAACUUAUUUUUAUUCAAGCCUGCAGAGGUACAGAGGGGCAAACAGGUGUGGUGAAUGAUUCACCCUUCUGUCCUGGGCCACAACAGCCAAUAGCCACCUCAGUAUGUUAUGCUGACAGAGGGUGGAAUUUCUCAUUCAAAGGGACUAUCCCUGAUCAUUCAGACUUUCUGUUGGCUUAUUCAACGGUUAAUCACUAUGUCUCCUAUAGAAAUGAACUUGAUGGAAGCCGUUUUGUCCGUUGCCUUGUGGAGGUGUUUCAAGAAAAGGCAGGUCACGAAGAUGUCCUAAGCAUGCUUAUCAUGGUGAAUGACAAGCUCAGCAAGAUGGGAGAAAUAGGAAAAAAGCAAAUUGGACAGCCAACUACAACCUUGACAAAAAAGCUGUUUCUUUGGCCUGGAUUGUGCAAGGAAGCACUCCCAUGA